AUGGCCAGUAUGUCACAUAGGAGGUCCAUAUCUCCUCCAUCCCCAGCCUCCCCACGGGGACAUUACAUGAGUUCAUUGGGACCUAAUUAUCCUGAUAUUGAUUUCAACCCGUCGCCAGUAGAACAACAUACGUCUCCGGUCUAUGAUACGCAGGAUGAGCAGGAUUCAACCACGCAGCGGGGUGGGGUCUCGUCAUCAGCGACAGAGUACAGAUGCGAGCCCCAACAGCCGCGACAGUCAAAGUUUCCAGCGGAGUGUUCACCGCUCGUCACGGUUGAGCAGCACCCUGACGGCCGGGGAAACUGCAGCAAAAUUGAAACUGCACAGGCUCACCAACCGUUCGUAAGGAGCAAACUAAGCUAUGAAAUGAUCAUCGCCGACAUCCUGGCUAUUGGAUUACCGUGUGCGCUUCUUGUAUUCGCAAUCCUAUUAAGCUCCAAGUCCGGCUUCGAGGCUACACCAAGUCAUAUUGCAGAGUGGCAGAAUGCAGCAUCAGUGUUGUCUACGCUGUUUCCCCUAUUAUUUGCUGCGAUUACAGGGCGCUUCAUGACGCAGGUUGCUCGGUGGAAACUGGAAGAGGGAGCGUCCAUCGGAAGCCUUGAACAGCUGCUUGGAAGUCGAACUGUUGGCGGUGCAGUCCUCACGCAGUACCACUUGAGAGCAUUCAAUUUCCUUGGUAUCGGUAUCCUCAUCCUCUGGGCCCUCUCUCCAGUAGGGUCGCAGGCCAUUCUUCGACUAGCUGAACCGAAGCUUGUAACAUAUACGACGGCCGGGGACGUGGCAUAUUUCGAUCAUCUCCGGAAUGCCGUGGAAGGCGAACCGGCAAUGCCAGGAGGGAAUGUGGACGCUGAGAACAACGGGACGAUCAACGUGAUGGACACUCUCUAUGGUGCCAUGGUUCUGGCGCCCUCCAGCACGAAGAAUAGUGGUAUGGACCUAUGGGGCAACGUCAAGAUCCCCAGACUCUCCCCCGGUAAUACCGACGAGUGGCAAGAUGUCACUGCAGAAUCAACAAUUGUCUAUUCUUCACUCCUGGGUAUUCCCGUGGCGAACAUAUCAACUGGAAAUACGACGUUCAAUGUUGAGUCAAGCUAUAUCGACCUUGAAUGCGAUCAGGUGGAGAUUUGGGAGACGAGCCCAAGCGGAUUCAUGCCCACGCCUCCUAGUAACACAAGUCAGGGCUAUCUCAAUUUUACCUACCUAGAUUCCCUCCACCCCGCUAAUAACAAAAGGAUUCCCCAAAUAGCAAAUGGGUCUUUUCAAGGCUACGAUGUUGAUCGGGGUGCUGGUGUUCGCCAAACGUCCUGGAGCAUAGGUCUUGAUCGGUUCAUCAACCCGAACUGGUCCAAAUGGAAUAUCAGGGCAGACACUCCGGUUCAUUUCGAGAAUGAGACGGGCAUUGAUGUCGGCCCGACGAGGUUGAUGUUCCAGGCGUAUAUGAGAGCGGCCUUGCGAUUGACCCCCGUCGAAUAUGCUGGCAGCUAUUGCGACGUGAAGCAGCGAUAUGUUGAAUCGAGGAUCCUUUGUGAGAGGACUGAGCCAUCUGCCAGACAAAACUGCACCGCGGUAUCCCAGCGACGGUCUCAGAAAUAUAGGCUCGAUGAAAACUUGAGCAUCCUGAACUGGCCAUACUCCUUUCGCUUUCUUACUGCGUAUUGGCCUCUAUCGACGGGGCCGAAAGUAGGUGUCGCAACUGGCACACUGAGCGACCAGGACGUCCUGUUCCAGUAUCUAUUCGACCCGACCAUGGAGAAUCUGAGCAAGUCUUCGGGGGCUCAAACCAGACCGCUCGCACUGCAAAACAUAUCCGCAACGGAUUUCAGCAUUCGCCUUAGCCAAGCCCUGAAUACGUACAUACAGCUUCGUCCAAUGCGAUUCAUGGCGCUGAACGUCCAGAAUGCCGAUGGUGGCUUCGAAGGAAGUGCUGCCGGCACGGCUACCAGCAAUGGCGAAGUCGCUAGAGAGAAGAUAGUCUUCGGCAUAUCCCAAGUUUGGUCCGCAUUCUCCAUGAUAGCCUGUAUAAUCUUGUUGGCUGGUGGUAUAGCUAGUUCUGUAUUCGCGCACCUAGCUGUUGGACCGGAGAUUCUUGGCUAUGCGACUUCCUUCAUACGGAAAACCACUCUGGAACUGCCCAGAGAAAAGGAAGGCUUGGAGGGCACAGAGUUGGGAUUCGAACUACGAAAGACUCGUGUGCGGUACGGCUUUUCGACCUUGGAUGGGGCUGUUACGGUGGUGGGAGAUCAGGAUAGCGUUGCUAGGAUCAAGGAUGUGCUUAAGUAG